AAAAAGACUGGAGGCAGAGAGUAAACCUCCGUCAACAGUUGUCCAAUUGGAUUGGGGAGUUCUCACUCAAACCUGCGACUGGCUGCUAGAUACAGCUACUGAGGGCUUUGGGCGGGGCGAGUUUGAAGCGGAUUUCGCGCGCUGAUAGCGUCGGGCUGUCAUUGGCCAGCAACUUCCUCCCUUUGUGGGAGCUCCCUGCGUACCCGGGGUUAGGGGUUGGGAGGAGCGACCGAGUGACGCAGUAGCCUUCCCAGCCAAUCCGAGAUGGGGAAGGGAGGCCGAGAAGGAAGCGGAUCCGCUGCCGCGCAGCUAAACCGCAUCGAAGUAUCCUCUUCGUCUCCCUCCGCCGCUAUAGGGGCCUAAGCGGGAGCGGCUGGGACGGCGUCACUGAGAGGGCUGGGGGCGGAAGUGGAGGCGGAGGGAGACAGUGUCGACCGCAGGGCCUUGGGCUCUCGCGCCGAGGCUCUGGUGGGCGCGAGGCAGGGGAGGGGGAGGAGGAGGAGCCCGCGGCCCGGGCGGCGGCGGCAGCGGCGGCGCCCGACUUCCCCGUAGGGCCCCGCCUCGGAGCGGGCUGCGGUGGAAGAGAGGAGGAGACUGAGGAGCAGGAUGGCGGCCUCGGCCCUGUAUGCCUGCACCAAGUGUACCCAGCGCUAUCCGUUCGAGGAGCUCUCCCAGGGCCAGCAGCUCUGCAAGGAAUGUCGGAUUGCGCAUCCUAUUGUAAAAUGUACUUACUGCAGAUCAGAAUUUCAACAAGAGAGCAAAACUAAUACAAUAUGUAAGAAGUGUGCUCAAAACGUGAAGCAAUUUGGCACACCUAAGCCUUGUCAAUACUGUAACAUAAUUGCUGCAUUUAUUGGUACAAAGUGUCAGCGUUGUACAAAUUCAGAAAAAAAAUACGGACCACCUCAGACCUGUGAACAGUGCAAACAACAGUGUGCUUUUGAUCGAAAGGAGGAAGGAAGAAGAAAGGUUGAUGGAAAGUUACUAUGCUGGCUCUGUACUUUAUCAUACAAGAGAGUUUUACAGAAGACAAAAGAACAGAGGAAGAGCCUGGGAUCUUCACAUUCAAACUCAUCUUCUUCAUCUCUUACUGAGAAAGACCAGCAUCAUUCAAAACAUCACCACCACCAUCAUCACCAUCACCAUCGUCACAGCAGUAGCCAUCACAAAAUCAGCAAUCUGAGUCCAGAACAAGAGCAGGGACUGUGGAAACAGAGCCAUAAAUCCUCUGCAGCAAUUCAGAAUGAAACUCCAAAGAAAAAGCCCAAAUUGGAAUCUAAGCCAUCUAACGGAGAUAGCUCUAUAAAUCAGUCAGCAGAUAGUGGGGGAACAGACAAUUUUGUCCUUAUAAGUCAACUGAAAGAAGAAGUGAUGUCACUUAAACGUCUCUUACAGCAGAGAGACCAGACCAUUUUAGAAAAAGAUAAAAAGCUAACCGAACUAAAGGCGGACUUUCAGUAUCAAGAGUCAAAUUUGAGAACAAAGAUGAACAGUAUGGAAAAAGCUCACAAAGAAACUGUGGAACAACUUCAGGCCAAAAACAGAGAACUACUCAAACAGGUCGCAGCAUUGUCAAAGGGUAAAAAGUUUGACAAAAGUGGAAGCGUACUAACAUCCCCUUGAGAAAGUAGUUUUUCAUGUAGUGUUUCUGCUGAAAAUGUACAUUUGAAAAAAAUUCUGUGAAGCCCUUAAAUUCUGUGUAGUGGAGAAAUAUUUUUGCACACCAAAUGAAUUGGCGUGUUUCCUAUUCACUUUUGUAACUGAUACACAGCAUUUUUUAAGUUGUAAAACGUUCAAAUAAAACUUCAACUGGUUUGAAGUUACUUUUUAAUUAUUUGAUAUCCAGGAACUUUUUUGCCAGCAAUAGUAUUAAACACUUGUAAAGGAGUGCAUGAGUAGUGCUCUUUAUAAAAUGCAACAGGCAAUAAUAGAUUACGGUUUUCAGAAGUCAGAGCAGCAGGGUUUGGGUUGGUUUUGUUUUGUGUUUUACACUAUACUAAUUUCAGAUAAAAGGUUUUCAAUUUAGAAAUACAAAAACUUUUAAACAAGGAAAAUGGUGAACACUGGUUUUUUGGUAAUUGUGUUUUUACUUUGCAUCAACAUGAACUUAGGAGAAAAUCAUGGUGCUUUUAUUAAAUGAACUUCAGAAUAUAUGUAAAUAUGUUUUUAAAAGUUACAUCAUUAACAUUAGUUAGUAAACUGGUAUUUUCAUUAUUCGUAUAGGAAUUAAUGUUUAUUGUACAGUAUCCAAGGUAAAAUGUGUUCUGUUUUGUACAAACUACUGUAGAUUUUUACUUACAAGUGCCUUUUUGCCACCUAAUGUUUUUAUUUAUAGGAAUGCCGAUCUUUUGUACAUACGGUUUGUUUUAAAAUCAUGUUUAAUAAAUGUUUGUAUAUAAAUGCAUAUGUACAGAAGCCUAUUUCAAAAGGAAAUCAAAGUUGUUAGUAAAAUGUUUGAGUUUGCAUUAAGAACUGAUAAUGCAUAUAGACUCUAGAUGAUUUUGUGGUUUGUGUGUGAUAUGAAAAGCUGUUGGUCACUGAAUUCAUUGAAUUAUGUAAAAAUACUUCCCCAAAGAUUUAAUUUUAAAUCGUUUCUGAUAGAGUAAUUUUAUUUUUUAUGUCCUAUGGCUUCAUGUUCAUAUUUUGUGAGUUACAUAUUUUGCUUUCUUUUUGUUUUAUAAAAGUUUUUUAAAAAUUUAUAA